GCCUUUCAUUCACACCAGACAGAAAUCAGCCAGCCAGUGAGAUUUUCGUGUUCGCCUUUGUGAGUUGUGCGUCGAUUCAUUACGAAACAUUGAAUCUGUUGACAAAUUCAUAAUCCAGUGAAAGCCUAAAUUAAUUUUCUUACCGUUCUAAAAGUGUGAUCUUACAUAACAUAAAGGUUUUGCUAAGUGUUUAAAUAUCUUGUGUGUUCGUCGUUCAGCUGACUUCUCCUUUCACAACACAAAGGAUAAACGGGAUACUUCCUUUACUGUUUUCUGUACGGAUUAUCAAGCACACAUCCUCAGUAUAGUGCAAAACAAUCGGGAAUGAUAACAAAACGAUUCCAAAUACAGAAGUGACGGUGGAGCAGUGUCGUGGAGUGGCAUGGGCGUGCGGUGAGAGUCGGCGCGCUUCAGCAAGAUGACGGAGGGCGAGCGGCAGCAGAGCGCGGGCGGCACCAACGCCGCGCCCCAACACAGGAAAGGGCACAGGAGACAAGAGUCGAUGUAUGCCAUGACGGGAUUGUACGCAGAAUCGGGUUGUACGGAGGGCGGAGGGGACGACGCAGCUGGGCCCAGCACUCCCCCGCCGCCGUCACACCCGCCUCGAGAACCUGGCAAAUGUCACAGCCGGAAUCCCUCAGCUGGUAUUUGCGACAGAGACCGCGAAAGGGAGAAGGAAAAACCUCGGCAAAUGUUUCCAGAAAUAUUAGACAUUCCUCAUGACGCUCGAGAUUGCGGUAUCUUAUCGUGGAGACCGCUUUUCAUCCAGAGAUUUUCUAGUAUAAAAGUAUUUGUAUUUUUUCUUUCGUUCCUGGUGACGCUACAGCAGGCGUUAAGUUCGGGAUACAUAAACUCUGUGAUCACAACAAUCGAGAAGCGUUUCGAGAUACCAUCGAGUCUCUCGGGACUAAUCGCUAGUAGCUACGAGAUCGGGAAUGUCAUCACCGUUAUCUUCGUUUCAUAUCUCGGCAGCAGAAGACACAUUCCAGUGUGGAUAGCAGUCGGUGCUGUUAUAAUGGGCAUCGGAUCGUUAGUGUUUGUUGUUCCACAUUUCAUAGCUGAAGUGAAUAGUGAAACAUUAAUGAACAAUAAAUCAGAUGAUAAUAUCUGUCGGUUGCCAAGAGCCUUAGAACAGGAUAUGGGUGGACUGGGGCGGCUCUCUCAGGGCCUUCCACCGAGUAACUUGAGGCCAGACAAUUGCAUAAAAAGUUCUCCGAGUACUUUCAUGCCAGUGAUGGUUUUCGUGGUGGCUCAAUUACUGCUCGGCUGCGGUGGAUCGCCCCUGUUGACGCUCGGCACGACGUACGUCGAUGAUCACGUUCGCCCUGAAUCUUCCAGCAUGUACAUAGGCUGUAUGUACAGCAUGGCUGCUUUCGGACCUGUCCUCGGCUUUCUGCUUGGCGCGUAUUUACUGUCGUUCCAUAUGGAUUCUUUCUCGGGCGCCAUCAUUUCUAUAGAUCCUGGUGAUCACCGGUGGGUGGGAAUGUGGUGGGGCGGCUUUUUACUCUGCGGCCUUCUUCUUAUCCUGGUGGCCAUUCCGUUCUUCUCGUUCCCCAAAGUGCUCGUUCGGGAGAAAGAGAAGAUCAGGCUGGUGGAAAAAGCAGCCGCAGCCAGCGGCUCCUCUGCUAAACCACCUAAACCACAGACCGAUAUCAAGGACACGGGAUACGGGAAAGAUAUAAAAGACAUCCCCGUGUCAAUGUGGCGCCUCCUCAAGAACCCGGUGUACGUGGUGACGUGUCUCGGCGCAUGCAUGGAGCUGAUGAUUGUGUCCGGCUUUGUGGUGUUCCUGCCCAAGUACCUGGAGACACAGUUCAGCCUCGGCAAGAGUCAGGCCAGCGUGUUUACUGGCUCAAUAGCGAUCCCGGGCGCUUGCAUCGGCAUCUUCAUGGGCGGAUGUCUGCUCAAGAGACUGGAGCUCCGGCCGAAGGGCGCGGUGCAGUUCGUGCUCAUCUCCAACACCAUCUGCCUCUCGUGCUACGCCCUGCUGUUCUUCCUCGGCUGCGACAACAUCAAGAUGGCCGGCACCACCAUACCCUACACCAAUAACAGCAACCUGGAACCGUUCAAAGUGAACUUGACGGCGGCAUGCAACUUCAACUGCUUAUGCACUGAGACGGAUAUGGAGCCGGUGUGCGGCAACAACGGGCUGACGUACUUCUCGCCGUGCCACGCCGGCUGCGCUGCCUUCUCCUCGCGAUACAACUUCACCAACUGCGCAUGUGUCCACGAGAACGUACGCGACAUGGGAGUAGGCGCAGUAGUAAGCGGCGCGUCGGCAUCUGCACUAACAGCAGGCACAGCGCGUGAAUACAGCGGAGAAGUCACCGUGGUUCCCGUGGCCACGGCUGGAGCCUGCAACCCGCCCUGCACUACGAUCUUCCCAUUCCUCGUGCUACUGUUCUUCAUGACCUUCGUGGUAGCUGUCACGCAGAUGCCGCUGCUUAUGAUAGUGUUGAGAUCUGUAAGCGAAGAAGAGCGCUCGUUCGCAUUGGGCAUGCAGUUCGUGAUCUUCCGUCUGUUCGGCUACAUCCCCGCGCCCAUCGUGUUCGGCAACCUCAUCGACUCCACCUGCCUGCUGUGGAAGCAGUCCUGCAGCGGCGAGAAGGGCGGCCGCUGCUUGCUGUACGACAUCGAACAGUUCCGAUACAGAUACGUGGGCCUUUGCGGCGGCAUCAAGAUAGUGGCGCUGGGCAUCUUCAUGGCGGACUGGUGGCUGGUGCGCCGCCGCCGCCACCUCGACUGCUCGCCGCCGCUCGACCCGCACAAAGAUAUCGCCGGCUCCAUCAUCAGCCUCGACAAACUAUUCGAAGAGCUGCCGUCCACGGACAACGCGAGCGGUCUGCGCUCGGGCGCCGCGUCCGGGCCCAGCUCGCACACCAGCACGCCGCUGGAGCCCGGCGAGCGCGAGCCCGGCCCGCAGCUGCAGCGCACCGACUCGCAGUACUCGCAGGUACAGUACUACGCCGCGUCGGGCCCAGCUCGCACACCAGCACGCCGCUGGAGCCCGGCGAGCGCGAGCCCGGCCCGCAGCUGCAGCGCACCGACUCGCAGUACUCGCAGGUACAGUACUACGCCGCGUCGGGCCCAGCUCGCACACCAGCACGCCGCUGGAGCCCGGCGAGCGCGAGCCCGGCCCGCAGCUGCAGCGCACCGACUCGCAGUACUCGCAGGUACAGUACUACGCCGCGUCGGGCCCAGCUCGCACACCAGCACGCCGCUGGAGCCCGGCGAGCGCGAGCCCGGCCCGCAGCUGCAGCGCACCGACUCGCAGUACUCGCAGGUACAGUACUACGCCGCGUCGGGCCCAGCUCGCACACCAGCACGCCGCUGGAGCCCGGCGAGCGCGAGCCCGGCCCGCAGCUGCAGCGCACCGACUCGCAGUACUCGCAGGUACAGUACUACGCCGCGUCGGGCCCAGCUCGCACACCAGCACGCCGCUGGAGCCCGGCGAGCGCGAGCCCGGCCCGCAGCUGCAGCGCACCGACUCGCAGUACUCGCAGGUACAGUACUACGCCGCGUCGGGCCCAGCUCGCACACCAGCACGCCGCUGGAGCCCGGCGAGCGCGAGCCCGGCCCGCAGCUGCAGCGCACCGACUCGCAGUACUCGCAGGAGUCAACACGUGCCAGCGGGCGGAACUCGCGCGUUCUCGUCGCGUCGCGGCACCUACGAAACGACUCCAAGACCAUUCAGCUAGAGCCCCGUGCCAGGCAGCACUCGCUCGACGAAGAUAGAGGUCACCCGGAGCGAAAUCGCGCGGUCCGAAGCGACUCGCGCGACUCCCGGGACUCGCGGAGAGACUUCCCGCGAUCCGCGUCACGUGACUUCGCCGGACACUCGAGAUCUGGCUCACGAGAUUUCAAGGUGCACUCGCGGUCGGACUCGCGCGAGCUGAGCUUAGAACAGCUGAAGCAGCUAGCGCUCAAGAGCAUGGAGAGCUUGGACCUGACGGUGCUGCCGCUCAGCAAGUGCGCCGACGAGGAGAGCAAGCGCCUCAUCGAGGGCGGCGUGCUGCGCCACCGACGCACCGGCUCCAAGGACCUGAAGCCGCCGGAGUCGCGGCACAAGCGCACGUCGUCGCACCACAUCACCAUGGAGCCGAGCGAGCUGAGCCUUCAGCUGCACAAGGGCCGCAGCGUGGACCAGCUGGCCAGCGCGCCGCUCGACCCGCGCGUCUGAGGCCCCGCCCCCCGAGUGAUACCUAAUAGUGAAAUUGAACUUUCCCAACCCCCGAACUCACGUUCCGAAUCUAGCGUAAAUAAACGAGUGAUUUCAAAUCAUAUCUUUAGGUAGUCUUGACGCUUUCUUAUAGAUAAUAAAAAACCUUAGCAAAUUCGCUUAACGAACUCUUAGCGAUUACGAAUUCGGUUGAAUUCUUGUAGUUCAUUUAACUUUUCGUUCGUAUGAAGGGAGUCAAUUAAAAUAAUCUUGUGUUACACGUAGAGAUAUCCUCGUAACCUGUGCACGGUUUCUAGUUCUGAGGUGCGUCUUGUAGUAGCUUUCGAUUAGAAAUGGCAACUUUAAAUAUUAUGAACAAAAAAAUAUUAUAUUAGUUAAAUCUAUCUAUUUGUUUACUGUAAUGUACUUAAUAAUGGUUGAUUGAUGUUAUGACUAAAUCGUUGAAUCUGUAGCAUUAAAAUCUGAAAUUUUUAACGAAUCAGACAUUGCAGACUGCAUACCACCCUUGCCUUAACACCACCACUAAAAUUAAUAUUGAUUAAGCAAAGAAUAUGUAAUUUUAAAGUGACCAUUGGAAACUGGAGCACUAUCAUAAGAAAUGAUUAAUUUUAACCCUUGGAAUAGGUUUAUAUUGCUCAUUAGUAGCACCAAGUGAGCCAAGUAACCUACUAAAAGCUGUAAGAUUGGAUAAUAGAAUAUCUUUUGAAUCUCACUGGCAAGAAUAUCUUUUAACACAUACAUCAGUCAUAUGGCAUAAUAUAAGUUGUAUAAAUGUACAUACAAUUUUAUUGAUUACUUGAACAACUAACUUUCAUAAUGGCCUAUUUAUGUCAAUAUUUAAAAGUGAACUGGUGAAAUUUUAUAGAUCCAUAUUAUGUUAAAAUAUCACUAGGUUUCUAUGAACCCUCAAUUGGGACAUUAAUGGCUAACAUAAAAAAUCAUAUUAACUUCUGUAUUAUAUUGCACAAAAUUUCCCAACAUAGGCACACCAUGCCAGCAGAAGUAUCAUUCAGAGAAUAUUUUUGUUACUAGUGAAUUAACAUUCCUUUAGUACUAAUUACCUAUUUGUUUUUCAGUGACAAGCACAAAACCACCAAAAAGUUGUAGCAAAUUUUAUAAGUACACUUUGUGUGUAAAAGGUUUUCCUGUAUUUAUUGUGAUCUCAAAAUGGUGAAUUAUGUCUUUGCCAGAUGUGUGAAGUACGAUUGUUUACUUUUCAUAAUGCAACAUUGAUUUGUAAAUAUUUAUUUUUACUUCAUUUACACAUUUUUUAAAGUGUUUUUGCAUUGCAUUUGAAAAUUAUUUAUAGAUGGAAAAUAAUAUUUGUCAAUCAUCAUUUGAAAUACCAUUCCUAACCAUCUAACAACCAGAACCAAGCACUUCUCUUAUGUUAAUUGCCAAAGCAAAAUUAUACAUAGGUAAUUGCAUAAUAUUCUUAACAUUUUGCUUUUUAAUUAAACCUUCUCAUAAUUAUUAAGCAGGUGUAUUAUCAGGUGAUGAUUGGCUCAUUCAUUAAUAUUAUAACUUUGGCAUUUAUCAAAUAUUCUUGUACAUUAAAAAAUGUCAAUUCUUCGGCUGAUCUUUAAUUAAGUCAAGUACUAAGCUACGACUAGGGCUUUAUUUACAGUGUUGUAAUAAGUAAUUGUGACAAUGUCAUUGUUCUGCUUCACUUCAAGAUUUUCCAGUAAGCACACUGCACUGUAUUGUAAAUUAUAUUGGCGUUUUAAAGUUGUAAUGUUAUAAUAACCAGCAGUCAACCAACUAUAUCCUAAUUACGAUUUUGACAUACCAAUUACAGCGUUUGCUGAAACUGGGUGUUCAACAAUUUCAAUAUUGUGCAUGACACUGUAAAGAAGGCCUUGUGAUUUUAGUAUAUAAAUGUGCACAUAUAGAAAAAGCAAUAUAUUUAUCUCAAAUUUUAACAUAAAAAGACAGUAAGUUGUCGCUGUAAAUUUUUGUCGUAUAUUUGUUAAGAGAGACAAAUAGUUUGAUAUGAAAGAGAGUGUUUUUAUCUUGAAAAUGCCUUAUUACAAUAGUUCAUAAGACUUGAUACUGACUUAGCUGUAUAUAAGUUGUUACAUCAGUCUCGGAUGGAACUGUUUGAUGGUAGCAACUCCUAAACUAAUUUGUUGCAUUUAGUGAUUAAUAAAAAUUGCAUACUUA